GGCUCUUAGAUCGAAUGAUAUACGAAUAAGUUGGGUAUAUUUAUAUGUAAUUACAAACAUACGAAUAAACUAAAUCAUUUAAAAAGUAUAAUUAGUUUCAUAUUUUGAAUAAUUAAUGUGAAAAUAUUUUAUUAUAUAAAAGCGAAAUCUUUUCAUCUUCUAAAUAAAUAAAGUAAAAUCCAUAAUACAGGAGUUUCUAACAAAGAUGUAUGUCCAAAAGCGAAAAGAGAGUUACUUUCAUAAUCAUAAUUAUAACCAAAAAAGACGUAAACAAUUCAAUUUGGAACCAGGUAUAAAAGGUUUCUUAUGCACAUGCAAUUUUUCUGAAAAAGAAUGUGUACGCGAUGCUUAUAAAUUACUUAAUGAAUUUGCUGAUGAAAUUUAUGGACCAGUUACCACAAAGGACUCCGAUAAUGAUAAUUUCAAAAAAAAAUCCGAGAAAGAUGAUUCUGUGAGUGAUACAAAGAACAUUGAUAACGAAGAUGAUAUUUCAGUUGCUUUAAACAAACAAAUUAAUGAAUUAAAAGCAGAAUAUUCAAAGACAAUAAAUGCCAGAAGAUUCCAGGUAGUUGAUACUGGUGUGAAGAAUGUAAUUUUUAUAAAAAGUACUUUGACAAAUCCAUUAGAAUUAGUUACUAAAAUUAUUAGUGAAUUGGAUAACACAAAACAGCAACGCACAAGAUUCUUAUUAAGAUUACUUCCAAUUGAAGUUAUCUGUAAAGCAAAUAUGAAUGACAUUAAAUCUAAAGCAGAUGUAAUGCUUGAAAAAUAUUUUGCACAGGAACCAAAAACUUUCAGUAUUGUAUUCAAUCGCCAUAGUAACAAUAAUAUACACAGAGAUGAAGUAAUCGAAGACUUAGCAGAAAUUAUAAACAAAAAGAAUCCUGGAAAUAAAGCAGAUUUGAAAAACCCAGAACUUGCUGUAAUUGUUGAAAUGAUACGUGGUUUUUGUCUUAUGUCUAUUGCUCCAAAUUACUAUAAAUUUAAAAAAUAUAAUUUAUUAGAAAUAUGUAACAUCAAAGAACCCACAAAUACCAUAAAACAGAAGGAAGAAAAUGCUUCUAUCGAGGAAAAGAAAGUGACAAACCCUGAUGAAACAAAUAUAACAGAAGACAAACAUUUAACAACAGAAAUAAUUCAUGACAAUGAAAAAUCAAAAAAUUAAAUACGUAGAUAAUAUUAAUACUACUUUGUAAAUCUAUUAUUAUCUUAUACCUACUAAUAAAAAGGAAGUGCUACAUUGCAUGUAUUAGUGAUAUUUUAUAUUGUUUGUAAAAUGUAAGUAAUUUUUUGUAAAAGUUAUAAGUUUAUGUCUUAUAUAAAUCAAAAAGUAAUACAUAAUAUAUAUUUAUAAAUAUA